CCGAGAAUUGUGAACUUUUCUUGUGAAUAAGUGCAUCCUAUCUGCUGCAUUUCAGUGAAAUUCGGUCGUAACACUUUGCAGCAUCCGCGGCUAUUGUGGUUACAGCCGUAGAACAUGGCUUGCACCGUGUGGAACGUUGCGUUGUAUUGUGGUUCAUAGUGGAAGUGAUCUGGUGGUAGAAGAUGCCUGACGUCACGCACAGGUCGACGACGACGGCUGUGCUGUGUUCCUUGGAAGAUAUGUGCUUGGAAAGAAUUACCUUGAAAGUAGCCAAAAUUUAGCCAAAACAAACUCACGUGAAAAGUGCAACAAGAAGUGGUCUGCAAAUAAAACCAGCUAGAAAUUGUUUCAUAAAAGUGUCAUAGCAGUGACUGGAAGAAACAUAAGGCCUCCAUCUUCCAGUGACUGAAAAAAAAACAUUUGUUGCUAGUUCCGGAGCACAUGAAACCGUAGUGAAUAAGAUCGUUGAUAUCUUGCAGUGCUUCGUAUAGGUACACUGACCUCACAAUGGACGAUAAAAACUCUACCGGAAGUGGCGGAGGCGGUGGUGGCAGCAGCACAGGCGGUGGAAGUGGUGGAGGUGGCGGCGAAACGAAAGUGAUCUAUCACAUCGACGAUGAAACGACACCGUACCUAGUGAAGAUACCGUUACCGGCGCCACAGGUGACACUAAAAGACUUCAAGCUGGUACUAAACAAGCAGAACAUCAAUUACAAGUACUUCUUCAAAUCGAUGGAUGCGGACUUUGGCGUGGUAAAGGAGGAGAUCGCGGACGAUUCAACAAUACUGCCGUGCUUCAAUGGGAAGGUCGUUUCGUGGUUGGUUACCGCGGACGGUUCAAAUCAGUCCGACUGUUCCGAGCUUCAGCCGACGGAGAUGAUCGAUGGGCGACCAACAUUGGCCCAGCUACGCAGUAUGAACAAACCGACGAUGAACAAUAUGAUGAAUAUGCCAAUGAAUCCGCUCACGUACCAGUCGGCAUCGGUCGUAUCUAGUGAUCUUGAUUCGACCAGUCUCUUCGAAACGGAAAGCGAAAUUACGCUUGAUCGCGACAUGACCGAGUGCAGCAGCGUGCAACGGUUGCAGGUGCGCAAGAAGCCCCAGCGGCGUAAAAAACGGGCUCCAUCGAUGUCACGCACUUCGUCCUACAGCUCGAUCACCGACUCGACGAUGUCGCUGAACAUUAUCACGGUGCAGAUCAACAUGGACACAGUGAAUUUCCUAGGCAUCUCUAUCGUGGGGCAGUCGAACCGUGGCGGUGACGGUGGUAUUUACGUCGGUAGCAUAAUGAAGGGCGGUGCGGUCGCACUGGAUGGGCGAAUCGAACCGGGUGACAUGAUUCUGCAGGUGAACGAUGUGAACUUUGAAAACAUGACCAAUGAUGAAGCCGUCCGGGUGUUGCGGGAGGUGGUGCAAAAACCGGGCCCAAUCAAGCUAGUGGUGGCCAAAUGCUGGGACCCAAACCCGAAGGGAUACUUUACGAUUCCGCGUACCGAACCGGUUCGGCCAAUCGAUCCGGGUGCGUGGGUUGCGCACACGGCGGCACUACGUUCGCAGGACACGAUAAACACCGAUCUGCCAGAAUCGGUGCUUGAGCGCCUGCAUGCCGAUAUGGACAUGAAAGAUAUUGUACGUGCAAUGACAAAACCCGACAGUGGGCUUGAAAUUCGUGAUCGGAUGUGGCUGAAGAUCACCAUACCGAACGCAUUUAUCGGUGCGGACGUUGUCAACUGGAUACUGGAACACGUGGAUGGAAUCGGCGAUCGUAGGGAGGCGCGCAAGUACGUCUCAGUGAUGCUGAGGCGUGGCUACAUCAAGCACACCGUCAAUAAGCUAACGUUCUCGGAACAAUGCUAUUACGUCGUUGGCAAUGGCAUCCGGCAGGACAUCUCGAACAUGUCGCUCGAGGACACGGAGAGCAUGUUGAGCGAUAUCGCACCACUGCCGAAUCCGCCUAUUUACAUGACGUACUCUGGCAACUACAACCCGUCGCAUGGCUAUCAACCGAUCCAGUACGGGUGCACCGGUGAGCGACAUCCGUCGUCCGGAUCGAGCAGCUCGGAUAUCCUCACGAGCAAGGACACGUCCGCGUCGCAGAGUGACCUUGCAGCCGUCAUACAGCAGACCAACCAGAUGACGAUCGCGAACGCAUCGAACAAAUCUUCCGGAUCCUCGAACCGCGGUAAUGAGCAAGACAUUUCAGCUACACUUCGUUUCGGUGAAGGAAAAAGCAACGGAGACUUUAAGACAACGAGAGUGGGCAGCGGCGGCGGUGGUGGCAUCGGUGGCAAGCUGAUCAGCACGAACGAUGACGAGGGAUACGAGGACAGCAUCUACUUCCAGCAUCAACCGAUGCAACCGACUCUGCAGCAUCAGCAGCAGCAGCAUCAGCUACAGCAUCAGCAAUCGUUCGGCCGGAACGGCAGUGGCCGAAAGGAACCGGGACACAUCUACAACAAUCAGUAAGGCAAGUAAGGCAGCUAUAGCAGAAGAAUGCAUGUAUUAUCUUGCGGUGGACGUGAGUGUGUGUUUAUGGCAAAACAUAGUGUGUUUCGCCGGUAGGUCGGUUCCCGGUGUGAAAUACAAGCCAAAACCAUGGGAACCUCACAGAAAACCGACAAAAAAAGAACACAAACAACACAACAUCAAAAAAGGGGGGGUUUGUAGGGUUUGUCGGGACGCAAUGAACCUUAUCCCACAGUUUUAGAGUAAAAAAUCAUCGUGAGAAGUAAUUUGUGUCGUGCAAUCCUUGCAAAACGGACGGCGACAUUCGUCGACCGGUGUGUGUAGGCGCAGGGUGAGCACUCACCGUAUUUAAACUAUACUGGAAAAGCAGGGAAAACACUGAGUAUAAGUUAGAAAACACAAGGAAAAUUUGCUAAACUAACUCUGGGACAUUACGACGAGUGCAGCAGGGGAGCAGCACGAUAAUGUGUGGCAGCGGCAUGAUAGCAGCAACAAAACUAAGCUAAGGAUGAGAAGGAAGCUAAGAAAGCAACUCGCUUGUAGGCUAGUCGGAGGCAAGCAUGCAAAAACUGCAUUCCUUUUGCCGAUGCCAGACAAUGUCCUUAAAAGAGUUGGCAGUUUGAGAUAUGCGAGAUGCAUGAGCGGCAUGAGACACGAACAUUGACAAUGUUCGAAACGUGAAGCAGGGAUUGGAUAGAAGCUACUAAUAGUAGAAGAGCAUUUUUCGUAAGAAAAACCAUUUUUUCCACUUCUCAUUGUCAUUCCUCUGACACAUAUAUGUUGUUUUACUUGUCGACUUUUUUUUUCUCGACUAAUGGACAAUGUUUUCUUGAAUUAUCUUUUUCUUUUUUUUGCGCCGUUUCGUGUUAUUUUCCAUUCGUAUAGAGUGUUUUCCCUCAUUUCCUUAUCCUGUUUCUGUGUCACUUCUUUCGUUUGUUUUGGGUUCUUUGCCUGUACACAGCUGUGUUUAUUGAGAUUUUAUCGUUUGUUUGUGUCGUCAUUUUUACACCGCAAACCGAUUACUUUACGUUCGCUUCCGAAACCAUUGUAAAUGUGUUUAUUAUUACGAUUAUUAUUAACUAUUAUAUUAUGAUUAUAUUGCGAAUAUCAAUUAUUUUAAAAGUGGUAAAAAAUAUAUAUACAUAUUUUACAAACUGGAAAAAAACGUUAGAGUAUUUAUACCGGAACUGAUGCUAAGCUAUAUAUUCGAGACGUGUGACGGUGGGAACUUAAUCUUAAAACAAAAGCGUAAAAAAUGAUAUACAGUUAGUGCGAGAGAGAUGAGGAAAACGGAACACAAAAACAAAACACAAACUAUAAGUUUAAGCAAAUUAUACGAACAGCUUGCGGAAGGUUAGCUGAAGCUAAAGUGGAAAUCUAAAACUGAAUACACAAUUAAAAAUUAAAUUGAAACAACUCACCUUGUACACACACACACACGCAUGCAUACAUUAUCAUGCAUCUUUGGUAUCGUGAAACAUCUAUUCGUCGGUGCAGGUGCAUCGCUAUCGAAAAUCGUCAGUGUACAAUCUACGUCUACGCACGAAGAAUGCAAUCGGAAGUUAUAUUUCGGUUUUGACUAUUUUUUGGCUAACACCUCAUACAAACGAACAAUUGCAUUUAUGUGUUUCAUCCAUCCAGGUGGUAUGUUCUAACAAAAAGAAAAAUAACUCCGGAGGAUUGAUUAACGAUAGUAGGUGUGGCCGCAGGUAAUGAGGAGUUCUGUUUUGUUUAUUACACACGAUACAAUGAAAUUAUUGCGAUUGCGAAAAACAUGUGGCCAAAAAUUUCUGCAUACGUAAAUCCUCGCAACCGGCGUUUCUGCGGAUGCGGCAUCCCUUUGGAACUUGGAAUAAAUUACAGAACAGUACGGCUGGGUCUUACGGAUUCCGAUUAUAUACGAAUUUACUGUACACGGAGCGUUAUUGUAGCGAGUCUAUGUGGACUGCAAGGAAGAAAACACAACAUGUGGCUAUAGGGACGAACCUAGUGAAGGAAAAUUAAUUGAAAGUAAAUGUGUAUCACGAAAGAGAAAAUAAAUCGGCACGAUGUGCAUGAGUGACAACGGGAUGAACAUAAAAGGGUCCUAAGAAGAUGAAAAUGUGCAGAUUAGAAAUGAAUGCCGGAUGAUGCAGGAAGAAUAAUGGGAAGUAAUAAAUUGAAUUACAUAA